AUGAACCAGACACCUGAAGAAUGGCAGAAAGAAUUACAGCAUGCCUUGAAAAUAGCUGACAAUCACAUUUCACUGUAUGAGCUUAUGGUUAAAACUGGUACUCUUUUAUAUAAUGCAUACAGGCAGGGAAAGUACAUAUUACCAAAACCAGAGAAAGUAGCUAACAUGUAUGAGACUGCUAUCAAGUUAUCCUGUAAGCAUGGCUUUGUUCAGUAUGAAGUAUCUAAUUUUAUGCGUAACAACAAAUACAGUCAUCAUAAUUCUGGAUACUGGGCUGGAUUAGAUUAUCUUGGGAUAGGCCCUGGGGCUCAUGGGAGAAUUACUGAUCCAGUAUCUGGUGCCAGGAAAAGGACAUACAAUAUAUUAUCCCCUAAUGAAUGGAUGUCUCAGUGCAAAGAUUCUGGCCAUGGAUUAAGGAAAUCAGUGGUAUUAAGUUUACAAGAAGUGAAAGAUGAACUAGUUGUCUUUGGCCUUCGAAGUAAGAUGGGUGUGUCAUGUGAACAAUUUGGAAGACUUUCUGGUGGACAGGAACUAGAAGAGCAUUUAAAUGUAGAACAGCUUCAAUAUUGUAUAGCUAACCAGUUACUGGAAUGGCAAAAAAAUGAAUUUAUCAAUGUGCCAAAAGGCUCAACAAUGGAGUUUAAGUUAGAGAACAAGGGUGAGAAGAUAAAUGGAGGAAGUAAACAAAAGAAAAAUAGAAGAUUAUGUCCUACUGAAAGGGGUUUAUGUGUAAUUGAUGAAAUUAUUCCAAGAAUCUUGUCAAAAUAA